AUGGGAUUAUUAUCAAUUUUACGAAACAUUCGACAGAAAGAGAAAGAGAUAAGAUUAUUGGUACUUGGUCUUGAUAAUGCGGGGAAGACCACAAUUCUAAAACGAUUAAAUGGUGAAGAUAUUAAUACCAUUUCACCUACACUCGGUUUUAAUAUUAAAACUUUAGAACAUAACGGAUCUUAUUGGCGUAAUUAUUUUGAACAAACCGAUGGAGUAAUUUGGGUGAUAGAUAGUGCGGAUCGAAUGCGUAUGGAAGAUUGUAAAAGAGAAUUAAAAGCUUUACUUCAAGAAGAGCGUCUGGCAGGUGCUUCUUUAUUACUUUUUGCUAAUAAACAAGAUCUUCCCGGUGCUUUGGCUGAUAUACACAUUCGGGAAAAACUUGAAUUGGAUUCAAUAGUGACACAUCAUUGGGCUAUUCAAGCUUGUAGUGCGGUUACAGGAGAAAAUUUACUUCGAGGAAUGGAUUGGGUGGUGGAAGAUAUUGAAUCUCGAAUUUUUUCAAUUGAUUAG